AUGUAUCCGAUAUGGACAAAUUCCAAUUUCCUGGACAUUACAAUAGGUAUAACAUGGAAUAUAUCCUCUGAUAUAUUAGAUUGUGAUGCAGGAAGAUGGUUUAAUGUAUGUAAUAGUGCAAGAUUUUAUGUUAACAUAUUAGAUCAUCUUAUGCAAGAUUUUAAUUCAAUAUUUUCAAAAUAUACACCUGGUUAUGAUAUUUUUUAUGUUAAUAGUAUUAAAGAAUGUAUAGGGAAAGUACGGAAUUCAAUUUCACCUAUUUCAGAGGAAUCAACAUGGAUUAGAUUAAAAUCCUUGUAUGAAAGAUCUAUUAUGAAAAGAUCUGUGGAUUAUGAAGAAUUUCAUCAUUUUAUAAUAGAUUUAAUAACUAAAGUUCGAAAUAUUGAAUCUGGUUCCAGCGUAGUUUUUCCAGGAAUUAUAUCAAUUGAUUAUUCAUCAAAGCCAAUAUUUGUCUUAUAUAUUAUUUCUAAGUUAGAUUUUACCCAAAAUAAUGUAUAUAAUGGAUAUAUAUUUUCUUUGGUAAAUGUAUCUGGUUAUGGUACAGAAUACCAUGCUUUUUCUAAUUCUUUAUAUAGUAAGAAUCCUACACUGUUAUUACGUGAUUCUGUAAUGGUAAUUUCAGAUAUUUACCCUGAUCGUCUAUUGCAUUCAUCAUUUUGGAUUUGUUUAUAUAGAUUAUCUAUUAUUCCCUCAACAAAUAAUAUUCAUUAUCUUUAUACAGUUUUAUUACCAUUUUUGAAUAGCAAACAAUUAUUAAGUAAUUGGAUAUAUUCUAAAGAAGAUGAGAUUUUGGAAAUUGACAAUAAUUUAUUACCUAAAGAAGAUACAAAUAAGUUAUUUAAGGGAUUAGAAAAUCCCUUAAGAAGUGAUAAUACUGUGGAGAAAUUAGAUUUAAGAUUUCAUUUAAGUAAUAUUUGGAUUCCAUCACCUAGAAGACGAUAUGUAGGUUCUAGUAAUAAACUUUUAAGAUCAGCUUUGCAAUUACUAUAUCAAAUUUAUCUUGUAAAUAGAGUUUCAAUAAACAUGAAGUUUGCGUCAAGACAAUUUCAAAUAUACAUAGAUUGGAUACUAUUAAAAAUUGUAGAAGACGAUUUGAAUAGAUGUAUAUUAUCUAAGUCUAAUAGGAUGAUAUUUCCAACUAAUAUUAUAUCUACAUUUAUAUCAAGAUUUUGUAGAGAUAUAUCUAAUUACUCAUUAGAAUUAUCUAUAUAUGAAGAUUCAAUUAAAAAUAAUGUAUUGAUGAAGGAUAUUAGUAAUAUAAGGAAUAUACCUAAUUUACCUUUUAAAGAAUGGUUUGAUUAUAUUAAUAAUUUUAAAGCUUUUUAUGAGCAGAAUCUAUCGGCUAAUUUAAAAGGUUAUGGCAUAGGAUUAUGUACUUUACCAAAAUCCUUGGCUUCAUCUCCUUUAAAUAUAUUGAGAAUAAAUGGAGCUUUUGAUAACUGGGGAUCUUUUCGUAUUGAUGGUCCAAAUGUAAUGUUACUAGCAGGUGAAGGUAAUGAGCCUUUAGUAGAUAUUCCGGUUGAGAUUGAUAAUAUACAUAGGAAUAUUGAAAAUAUAGAAGAUGUGGUAAUUGUACUUGAAAUUUGUAAUAACUGUUGUCUUCUUUUAGCAAAUCAAUCUGAAUUUAUAAGAAAUAGUUAUUUACUUCGAUUUAAACUUAUUCAAUAUAUAUUUCAUCACUUAAUACCAUUUCCAUUACCUUGGGAUAACCCCAAAAAAUCAAAAUAUUGCUUUUGGGCUAGAAAAGGAAAUUUAAAGCGAUCUCAACAGGUUUAUUUACUAUCUUUACUUUGUAAUAUUGUUAGACACUUUGUAACUUGUUCUUUUUCAAUUUAUUCAUUAGCAGAAGUACCAGAUGCAAAUAGAAUUGUAACUUUGGGAAUUAUAAGUUGCAUUGCUGAUAAUAUUGCAAGAUGUUCUACUGUUGAUUAUAAUUCUCCAUUGAGUAUACAUUUAUUGGGGAAUCAUUUAGGUCCAAAAAAUUGGUUUUAUAUUGAUCUAAUUAACUUCCAGGAAAUUACGGAUUAUGCUUUAUUUCCAGAUCCUUCUAUCAUAAUAAUGAGAACGAUGGUAUUAGAUUAUUUCUACUCAGUUAAAGAAUUCCCAAUGAAAAAUAAUUUGGAUAAAAAAUUAUUCCAAAUUUUUUGUUUUGAAGGGAAACCAGGGAUAAUAGAUGAUGGUACUCUUCAACUGCUAUCUGAAAUAUGUACUGAAUAUGGAUUCCCAAUAUAUGAACAGAGUGAAGAUAAUAGAAAAGGUAAUACAAGUAAUCUUCGUAUAUGUUUAUUACCACUUUAUUUUACGGGGGAAAAUCGAAAUCUUAUGGAUAUUAUUCCUGAGUUUUAUUCACUUAGAGAUAUAAUAUUUUACAUGAAGUUAUUCAUUUCUCAAGUUUCAGAUGCGACUCCAAAUAUAAAUAGAUGGAAUCCUGGAGAAGCAUAUUUAAAAUGGACUUACAAUUCAUAUAAAGAUAUUUUCACUGUUAAAGCCUUUGAUAAAUUUUUAGAAUGUGCCUAUAUUUCUAAAAAUUAUCAAGGAAAAAAUACAAAGGGACUUUGGUCAUCUUUUGCAGGUUGGUUUACCAAUUCAGAUGAUAAAAGUAAUUCCAAAGUUUUUACAAAAAUGACAGAUCCUACAACUUUGAUUUUGUCUAUAGAAAAUAUGAAUAAUCAAUCCAAAACAGCUACAUCUAGUUUGUCUUUAUCCUGUCAAACAUCUAUUUCUAAUGAAACGGAUAUUCUUUAUAUUAGAUCUCUUCCUCAUAUUAGUGAUUUUUUGCAGCCAAAUGAAGUUGAAUGUAUUCUACAAUACCUUACAACUCCAUAUAUUAGAAUACCUCUCUUAUUGCAAUUUUUUUGUGAUGAGGGCCGGAUAAAUGCCUUAUCAUCUAUACCAGUUCAGCAUAUAUUAUGGGCCUCUUUGACUGAACCUUGGCAAUGGCAAAGCCCUAAGAAUGAUAAUAAAGAUCCUAUUUCGUUCUUGAUUCCAUCUGAUGAUUUAUCUAUAAUAUCAACUCCUUGUGGUUUGCUUUUCAAUGAAUUAAUGAAUUCUUCUUCAAUAUUGAAGUAUGUAGAGGAGAUGUUACUUAUUGCUCUUGACAAGGAUACUGGCUCCUAUUGUGGAGAUAAUUCAAUAAUUAUAUUAUUUGUUCUUCGCUUAGCAAUAAUGGUUACAAAUUACUGCAAGUAUAUAAUAGUACAACAUAACCAUUGGGCAAAUAUUAUUGAAAAUAAACAGAAUUCUCUUAUUUCACCUCUUUUACAGCCUAAAAAUGACCCUGAUGCCUAUCAAAAUGAUCAUGCAACUGAUUAUAUGCAAAAACCACCACUGGCUUGGUCAGGGUCCUCUUGGACAUGUCUCUGCCGUGGAUUUGAAAAUAUUAUUAACUUACCAGUAGAAGAUAACCAUCCAAAUAGUCUUAAUAUUAAUUUUAAAACUAUAAAAACAGGUUAUAGACGUAUAAGAUAUGUUAUUGAAAGUAUGUAUGUAAAAGUAAUUAAAGAUUGGAUGAAAAAGGCACUUAGUGACUUGAAAAUUCCAAAAUUAUGUGUUCUAUAUGCUCAUAUUGCAUAUAUAUAUGGUGAAGUAAGAAAUAUUGAUGAGUUAGAUUUAAAAAAAACAGCAGCUUUGCUUUCUUCCCUUGUAUUCAUAUCAACUCAUUUUGGCUGUAAAUUGGAAUAUGGAAAUUUGGUAGCUAAUAACUGCUCUUCAGAAAAGUUGAAUUUCCAAAAGUCCUUUGAAACUAUUGGAUCUACUACAUACAAUUUAAGUAGCAAUUCUAGUAAUGCUGGUUUGAACUUGGGAAUUCCAUGGGAUUUUACUGUAUUAUUUCAAUUAGGAGUAUCCGAAAUGGAAUUAGCUGAUAUACAAACAAAAGCUAGACAUUGGAUUAUUAAAUGGCUUGAAAUAAAUUCAGGAGAGGCUAAUUUAGUAUUAGAUACAGUUGUUAAUGCUGUUACACUUAAAGGUAUAGGAAUUAUUGAAGAUUACCCCAAAUUAGAGGAUUCAAAGGAUUCAAAAAAGCAAACUAUUGAAUUAAAACCAUGUACUAGAGAGUGGAUUCAACUUCCGAGCAUUAAUGGUAAAGGGAGAUUUGUACCAAUAAAUGAAAUACCAGCUGAUUUAUAUGAGUGGAUUAAAUGUGAUAAUAUUCGCAAAUUGGAUUUGAUUAACAAUAAACUGGAUACAUUUCAAAACUCCAAAAGUUCUGCAUAUUCUUCAGCAAACUGGUGGAAACUGAAACGUCUGAUGAAAUUGAAGAGAAUUAUUGGAAGUUCUAGUACUAAUGAAAAUAGUUUAAAUGAGAGAUAUGAUAUUUCACAAUUUGAAUAUUAUGAAUGGUUUAAGACUAUGUUAUCUAUUAAUACAGAAACAGAAAUAAAUAUUCAGUUAUUUCUAUUUUCACUUAAAAAUAAUAAUCUUAAAAUCUUGGGAUCAUGGAUAAAUGAAUUUAAAGAUUUCAUGGAUGUUUUAAGAGAAUGUGAAGAUGAACCAUCGAAUUUAAACAAAAAUAGUACUAAUUUAACUAGUAAUGGUCAAUAUCAAUGUGCUGAAAUAGCAAAUAAUCAGAAUCUUUAUUGGUGCCGUUUAAUUGGUAGUAGAAUUGAUCUUUAUAGGUGGGAACCAUUUCAGAAAACAAUUCAAGUUACUUUUUGUAGGAAAUAUUGUGUAAACAAUCUACCUACUGGAUCAGAAUGGAUGACUGAACUGUUUGAGCCAUGGAGAGUUAUUUUUUUGAAGGGAAUAUCAACAAUAUAUAUUGAGGAUCCUGAAACUGACAAGAAUAAUCAAGCACAGUCAGGGUGUACUAAAAAACUAGAUUUGACGAAAGUUGUAAGAUUACAGUUUUUAUAUCCUUUAUAUAAUUCUGGAGAAGGUCCAAGUUCUCCACAUACGAAGACUGGAAGUAUAAAAUCUAUUUCUGAAAGUGGAAAUAGCCCAAUUCUUGAGGCUGAAAUUGUAACUCAUUCUUUGAAGGAAAUUGUUGUUUAUAGGUUUCCACCUGUAAUCAUGGUAUUUGAUAUAGUUGAACAUGGAAGACUGUAUUACAAACAACUGUGUCAUACUUCAAACAUCUCGUACUCCCUUGGCUAUUGCAACGAAAAAUUUAUCACUCCGUGGCUAGGAAUAACUGAAUCUAUUCAAGAUGAAGAUCUUGACAAGUCCAAUACUUCUUGUUACUUUACAACAGGGAACAGUAGUAAAUACACCUUAGGUGCUGGAAUUCCUCUUAAAAGGGGGCAAAAACCUUGUCAAUCUCUGGUUAUUAUGCGAGAUUACUAUCCUGACCCUGUAGGUACCGAAAUGUAUAUCCCUUCAAGAUUUUUAUUUGGAUUGUUGCCUCAAGCUUUAAUUGAAACUCAUGAAUUUUGGCAAAGCCAAAUAACAGGAAAUAUUCGUGGAUAUCCUAGAAAGAAUACUAGAAAAAAUCCCAAACAAAUAGAUUCUCAUAAUAUUGAUAAUGUAUCUAAAGAGAAGGGGGGUCUUAUUCACCAAAAUGAUUUGUACUUGAUAGAUAUUUAUGUAAUCCCUACUUCAAAAGUUCCAGAUAGGUUUGGACUUAUAGGAGAUGCAAUUUCUUUAAUUGAAAGACGCUAUAUCUAUGAUUCUUCAAUUGUUCAUACUCUUAUAAAUAUACAAUCACUUUAUGAUUCAACAGGACGAAUGAGACAACUAUUUAAUACUAUACAGCGACUUGAAGAUUUAUCCCACAUUCUUUUAUGGUCAAUAAAUAAACAGGGCACAGAGAAUUCAAAAGCUAAUAGAGAUCUAUCUCUUGAACAAACAGUAGAUAUUAUUGAAUUCCCAAGAUUACAUUUGAUAUUCAACAGGAAAGAUAGAGAAGGUUUAAAUAAUAAAUUAACAGCACUUAAUUCUUGUACUGCUAAUCCAAUAACAGGCACAGUGAGAUAUGUUUGUGAGCAACAUAGUGGAUUAUACAUAAGUUGGAGAAAUUUGUUUGAGUCUCCUUUAGCCUGUGAACUACUCUGUGGUAUCCCUCACUCUAUUUUACUUGAGAAUGAUGAUGGAGAUCUCUUUAUUCUUGUGCCAGCUACAACUAAACCUAUCCUCAUACCUCCAGUAUAUGGCGAAUAUCUUAGAAACGAACUUGAGACUUCAUCGAACUCUCCGACAUGCUCGUCAGGAUCAUCAACAAUCUUAUCUAGAAUUCCCACUGUUGAUCUAGAUGCAAUCUCCUCCGUUAUAUCUCAGACUACAAGUACUGCUAAUAUUAUAAGUGAAAAUUUUGAAGCAAUCAUAACAUCUCCGGGUCAAUAUGUUGCUUCUAUGGCUUCUAUAGCUUCUCAACGACUUUACGAUAUAGCUAUAGAUGCAAUAAGCAAAAGUACAAAGAACAUGAUUGACAAUGUAGUUAAUUCUGCAACUGAUUUGGCUGCUUCAACUAUAUCUAUAAAUUUUGUAAAUUCGAAUUCUGUGGAGAACCUCUCAACUUCACCAUAUGAAUAUGACAAUCGAAUAGAUAGUUUAGGUUCUCCAACUUCAAGUAACAAAGUUGCAUCUUUUCUAUAUAGGGGUAGUUAUAUUUUAGAUCGUGGAGAUGAUGUAUGGUUAUCAAGACUUGGUCCAACAAAACACUAUCUAUAUCCAAUCCACACAUCUAAAUCUUUCGUUUUCAUUAAUUCCGUAGUUUCAGGCUUGUACUUGAUGUUAUGGAGAUUUCUUGAGCAAAAAUUCGAAUCAGUGAUUUCAAUUCUUGAUACUGCAACAUGUAGCGAUAUGGAGAACUACUCUUCUGUUGGAGAAAAUAGAAAUAGCGAAGAAGAUCAACUUUGGCAGUUAUUCAACAGUUUGAACCACUUUUGGGAUUAUCACCCAGAUGCACAUGCUUGUAGACUGAAGCUUUGGCUACACUGUAUCAGAAAUAUAUCAUCAAAUAAUUCAAGGAGUUCCGGAAAAAAAGUUGGAAAGGAACCAGAAUUUAAAAAUAAGAAGUGUGCAGCGAAUAACACGAACAAUAAUCCAAAUGUGACAUCAUUUCUUGCUACAAACUCCUCUUUUAUAUGCACUUGGGAAAUAACUAAAGAUAUUGAAGCAUAUUGCUACAAAUAUGAACAUGUUUCUGCUAACUGCCGUCUUUCUAUGGAGGAGGAACUAGAAAUAUUGCAAGCUUUUCCCCACUUUGUAAAGGAAAAUCAAGAUUUAAAUAAUCGUUUAAAUUUAAUUUCGACUGUGUUAGAUAAGCAGAAGGAAAGGCUAAAGCAAGAUUGCUCUCUUUCAAAAUAUAUUGAAGUACCAUUUUUUAACCCUCCAAUACCUCAAAUAGAUGAUUUUGAUAGCUGGGUAGAUACGACUUGCUUAGGAACUCCUGACGUAAAGGGAUCAUCAACAUCAGUUUGGAACCUAUCAAAUAUUCUUGGAACAAUUUCAGCUCCUCCAAGCAUACGUGAUAAAUUUACGGGGAAGAUUGUUGAUGGAACAAAUAUAGCAAGUUCUUCUAUUGUAGGAUUAGCAGCUACUGAAUUUAUAAUGAAGUUUUUGAGUCGUGGGAGUAUUGGUAAGUUUAUAUCAGAUACUAUUUCUAGCACUGCAGAAACUCUUAUUCCUGAUAUUGCACUUUCAUCUACAACCACUGGAAACCAGUCAACAUCAAGUUUAGCUACUGGAACUAGCUUUGUAUAUCUCUCUGAUUGGCUAUUUAUAUAUGAGCUCCUUACUGGAUCGUUUCCUAUACAAAUUAUCCCUGGUGAAUCAAGUUAUAUUUGGGGAAUACUAUUUACUCGAUCACUACCAGUUUGGGACUGGAAAUCCCCUAACAUACUUGUUUCAAUCCUUAAAUUAUUAAUACUUAAUCCUGAAAUAUCUUUAAGUUCCAAGAUGCCAAAGUACUUUGAAGACAAGAAAUCAAUGAAGCUACCGAUGGGAGUAGUUUUGAAAUCACAGGAGUCAUUUCAGAAACUGAUAAAAGAGGUCAUUGAUAUUCUAAAACUUGAAUAUAAGAAAGGCCAUUUGGUUAUUGAGCUGAAAAUACGUGAUACUGAUUCAAAAGUGACAAGAAUUAAACAGAGUACUUCUAAUAUAUUUAAAAGUGUAGCUUCUGAUUUUGGCUUGUUGACAAAAAAUUUAAGUGGUUCUUGUGAUAAAUUUUUUAUGGUUGUUCCUUGGAAUAAACAUUCACGAUGGCAUAUAUCUCUUAAUCGUGGUGAUUAUAAUUGCCAACAAAGGCAACUCAAACCUAUUAUUAUAUCAUCAGAUUCUAUUCUCAGUGAAAGUAAUCUUAAGGCUUUUUCAACAUACCCUAAUUGUAUAUUUUUAAAUUCUAGCAAGUUUAUCACCCCAGAUUCAAGUAUUCCGGAAUAUACUCAGAACCUCAUUGGAGAAUCUUGGAAUUUACCUGAUCAAUUAAUGAAACACCCUAUAAGUAGCACUACUAUUGGGAGGACCUCUCUUAAUCGUUACAAAUGUGAUAUUACAGAGUACCAAAAUAAAAUUAAGUCAAAAACUGAAUACAACAUCUUAGGAAUAAAUAAAGAUAAACUAUACAGCUCAAUAAUGAAUUCUGUAAACAUGAAGGAUUCUAGUUACAAUAAAACUUCAAAUAGGCAGGAUUUAUCUUGGGAUCAAAUACGCCAGGGAAUAAUGGAUUUGAGGAUGUCUUUAUUGCAGCUUUUUUACAAUGAUGGUAAAUUUGUAGACAGUUCUAUGAAAAAACUUGAUCAAAUUUCAAACUACAACCAACUAUUUAAUACUAGUGGUCCCGAUUAUUACUUAUUUUGGAGUAAUUGCUUUGGGAAAAUAGGGGGUUGUGAACCAGUACUACGCUUUGACUAUCUUGUUUCUCAACUUAUGAACUCAAAUUCCUUUCAAGAUAUAAAGCUUUUAAAUCCAUUUAUUUCUGAAAGUGAGGUUGAUGUGAUACAUUCAUUAACAGCUGCUAUAAUGAUGACUGUUAAUCGAAGAUCUCAAAUUAGUAUGGCACUUAUUCAAAUAAGGGAUAUUUUAUCAUAUAUGGCUUUUACUCAGAAUGAGGUCCACUCCAAUCUACUAACUAAUUCGAAAUAUUCUUUAGAUAAACAAAACAAGAGUGCUAGUGAUGAUAAAACCAACAAACCAAAUUUGGACUUCUUACUAAAACUUUUGACAUGUUUGGAAAUGAAACUAAAGAAUUUAGCUAGAUUACUAACUUCUCAAAGGUAUUAUAUAAGUCUAAAGGAAAUAUCAGAGUUGGAUGUUUCAAAGUUUGAUAAGCAAAUAGUUGAUCAUAAUGAUCUUUCCAAUAAAAGAAAUAAUUCUCUAAUAGCUUUAUACGAUCCCAGAUUUCUUGUAUUUGAAUUUGCUUAUAAUAUACUAUUAAGAAAGGACCAAGUUGAACUAAUUCACAAUUUAUAUAACUCAGCUCUUAAUGGGCAGAGCAUUUGCCACCAGAUGAUUAUGGGAGCAGGUAAGACGACUGUUAUAUCUCCCUUACUUGCAUUAUUAUUAGGAAGCUCUACACGUCUUGUUAUACAAAUUGUUCCUCAAGCUUUACUGGAAUUCACGAGAAAUGUCCUUAGGUCAAGAUUUUCUUGUAUUAUUAAAAAAAGGAUUCUUAUUUUCCAAUUUCAAAGAAGCUCAAUUUGCACUCCAGAGCUUUAUAAGAAGUUGGUACAUGCUAAAGAACAGAAAGCAAUUGUAUUAUGUCACCCCACUGCUAUAAAGUCAUUGUUUUUAAAGGCAAUUUACUUGUUUAGGUUACUAAGAUAUUGGAAUAUUGGUAGCUCAAACGGUAUACUAUCUUCAAUUAAUUCAGGACUUAAUAUUAUUUCCUCUGCAACAAAUAUUAAAGCUUCAUUACCAUUAACUUCUCAGUCAUCCCUUAAGCAAUUUUUUGGGUGGAAUAAGGAUUCUCCAUACUCCAAAGGAAAUAGAAGAUCUGGUAGAAAUAUCUCUAGCACUGAGUUUAAUUCUGAACUUGAGAUAGCAAACAGCGAAAAGAGAGAAGCAUUAUAUUUACAGUUUAAGAGAGAGUUGGAUCUUUGCUUAAGAAUAUUACACAUAUUCAAGCUUGAGUCUGUUGUACUUGUUGAUGAAAUAGAUUUAAUCUUACAUCCCUUGAGGUCAGAACUACAUUGGCCAAUAGGUACUAAGUAUCCUAUUGAUUUAGGAAUACAAUUAUAUGAAGCAGAUGACUAUUUACUAAGUGGAACUAAUGAAACUAAUACUUCUAUAACUUCUAUCAAUACUUCAAAAUCUUUUCAAACUUUAAAUAACUCGAGGAACCAACUAAGUUCCAAUGAUUCACUUUCACAUUCACUUUUUUGCGGAAUUCGCUGGUUAAUUCCUUGGUAUUUGAUAGAGGCUUUGUUAACCCCUGCAUUUCAAAUAAAGAAAAUAUCUCAUGAGCAAGCACGGAAUAGUGGUAUUAUUAAGAAUUUAUUGGUGGAAAUUCAGAAAGUAGUGCAACAAGGUAUAGAAGAACGAUCAUUCCAGAAUAAUCCUCAUCUAAUACUACUUGAUACAGUAUACUAUAAUAAUUUCUUGAAACCCUUAUUAACUAAGUGGAUCAUCUUUUUUAUUCGUAGCUCUAAGUUUAGUGGAACAUCAGAUAUAAUUGCUGAAAUAUAUAUCAUGAAUAGGGGGAAUAUUAAUAAGGAAUUUCAAAAGGAGUAUUUAGAUAAGUUUAAGGUUAACUUUAGUGAUAUUAUUAGAGGAAUUGAUAGCUUAGAUGAAUUAAAUAUGAAAGUUUUGAAUUUGACAAUGCUUUGGAUAAAUGACUAUAUUCCACAUAUAUUCCAAAUGGUCCAUCGUGUGUCUUAUGGUUUAUUGGACGAACAAUUUUGUACUCGAAAAGACUGGCUAGGAAUUAAGGAACUUGAACAAACUUUCGAAAGCUUAAAGUCCCCAAGAAGUCGCCAUCUUCUAGCUAUUCCAUUUAUAGGUAGAGAUACACCAUCUUUAGCUUCUGAAUUUAGUCACCCAGAUAUAGUUAUUGGGUUGACUAUUCUUUCUUAUAGGUAUCAGGGGUUGCGAAGGAAUGAUCUUUACUACACCAUUAAGAAUCUCAAAGAAAAUUUUGAGGAUGGCUAUGGACCUUACAAGGAAAGGCCAGCUGCUAUUGAGUUUAAUAAAUGGAUUGAGCUAGCAGGAGGACGAGUAAGAGGAACAAAGAGAGGUAAACUAAAUAUUCCAGAUCAUUUCAUGGAAAAAAAGUCAAAUGAGAUUAUAUCUAACUUUCAGAGUAUAUCUUCUGUUAAAGUUAGAGAGGACAAUAUCCAAGAUCAAAUGAAGCUUCUAUGGUCCUUAGAUGUACUAAAUUUAAAUGAUGAAGAACAAUUAAGUCAGCUUCAUGGUAUUUUAGCAUAUCAACCAUAUGUUAUAGGUGCUUAUUUGCACAGAGUUAUCUUUCCAUUACUUAUGGAAUAUAGUGAGCAUCAAUUAUCUGCUUCAGGUCAAGAGAUUGGUGGUGAUAUGCUCUUUUCUGUAAGAAUUGGAUUCUCUGGAACUCCAAGUGACUUGCUUCCAAUAGAAAUUGGGAAAUGCAGAUAUGAGAAGGGAAGCGAUGGGGAGAUGAUUCAUUAUCUAACUAGUGGAUCUGUAAUAUCAUCAGUGACAAUUUUGGAAAUUGGCUGGACAGUCGAAGGAUUUCUUCUAAAUAUUUGUAGAAGGAGAGAAAAAGAAGAUAUUCAUGUACUUAUUGAUACUGGGGCCUUUAUUACAGGAUAUACAAAUCAAGAGGUAGCUGAGUUUUUACUUAGAAAUGGAUUAAGAGAAAUAGAGGCCGUAGUUUUUAUAGAUAAUAAAGAUAAACAAAUGAUAAUGCUGCGAGAUGGAUUUAGAAUUAUUGAAAUAUCACAGUGUGGAAUUUCACUAGAUAAGAGAUUUACUUUCUAUGAUCACAUACAUACUACAGGUCAAGAUAUUAAACAUACUCCUUUAGCAGAGGCUAUUUUGACUGUUGGUAAAGAUAUGGUAUUUAGAGAUUUCGCACAAGGAGCAUAUAGGAUGAGACAGCUUGGACAAGGACAAACUAUAAAUAUUGUCAUUCAAGUUCAAGUUGCAGAUCUAAUUGAAAAGAAUUCUAAGAUUUGUGGUAUACUAGAUAGAAAUCAGUGUUUAUUUAAAGAAGUACUUAAUAAAAAAGAGGUUGUAAAUAAUGGAAAUAUAGGCUAUGAGAAACUAAAGAGUAAUAUCUCUAAUAAAUUGGAUCAAAUAUAUCAUUUGAAAUCUAAUAUAACCUUGAAGGAUAAACCUGGUGAAUUAAUUGAUAUGAUGGAACACUUGUCGAGUGAGUUUAUAAUUCCAGAUUUACUCAUAUUCCUUCGAUGUUUAUGUGGUUGGCUAAUUAUCCAAAGUAUUAUUAGUGAAUCAGAACAAAAUCAAUUGCUUUGUAGUCAGUCACUAUCAAAUAUUUGGAGAAAGUUGGCAUUCCAAAAAAUGGUUGACACUUAUGUCCAAUGGGAAGAUGAGAAGAACUACUCUGAUAGAUUAUUAGAAGUAUUUAUAGAAGCUUUAUCAUUUAAAAUCCCUGCGACUAUUCCAUUGAAUACCUCUUUAAAGGAGGAACUAAUUCAAAAGGUGACUGAAAAUACGGACAUUUUAAAUAUGGUUCAUUCUCCUUUAGGUGUAGACAAGUUUAAAGAUACUAUAAACGAAACACUUUUACAAGUUGAUGAAAUGUCUGACUACAAAAAGUUUGAAACUUCAUUUGAUAGAGAGAUGGAACAAGAGCUUGAAAUGGAGAUUGAACAAGAACAAGAACAAGAACAAGAACAAGAACAAGAGAAGGAACAGGAAAGAGAGCAAGAAAUUCAACAGGAUGAUAGUGUUGCCAUUCAAAAGUGGAUAAGGCUUGAAGAAAAAAAAGUAUAUUGGACUCUUGAUAUUCUAAAUAAAACUGCAUCAUUUUCAAGUAGCAAAGAUGAGACUUAUAAAUACAGUUUAACUCCUUUCGCAUCAUUUUCUGCAAUAAAUAAUAUAGAUAAACAAGCUACCUUACCAAGUAACUCUGCAUUCUUACCCUUAUCUAAAUAUUGUAUCCCUUAUUCAAAAGGAUAUGACCGUGAGGAUAAUGGAUCUCUAUCACUUCCUGAAAAUUUAAAAUUUUCUAUAAAUCUUUACAAUCCAUCGAGUAUUACUAGUAGCCAUUCAAAAAAUGCAUGUCAACGUUUAAAUAAUUUUACUAUAAUUUUAGAAUGGGAGCCUCUUGAACUUAAAUCAAGAAGCAGUGAACAGGAAAUAGGUACAAUGCCAAGUAAUUAUUUAGAACAGCUCAAGGAAGCCUUCGCAAUUUUUGAUGGUAAAGCAACCGGAAAGAUAUCAAUAAGUGAUCUUGGGGAUUUGCUCAAAACUUUGAAUUGGGUCGAAAAUACAUCAUCAAUAGAAAGGCAUAUUGUUAGAUUACUUGAUAAGAAAUAUGGAAAAAAUUCUAAAGAAAACAAUACCCAUACACAAUCUUGCAAAUUUAAUGAUCAGGAUACAAAUACUAGUGUUGAAUUACAAAUAUUAACAGUCAAUAAUUUAUUAAAUAUCCCUAGAAAAUCUACUUAUAGUGAUAAUUCCAACUAUCCUCAAGAAUUCAAGCAUGAUAUGAGCAAAGAUUCCUUAGAUUUUAUGUACUUCCUUGAAUAUGAUCAUCCUUGGAAUAGCACACAAUCUUCUGAUAACCUAAACAAUUAUUCUAAUGUUAAUACUUGUAAUAUAGAUACUAUCUCUUUCGAUGAUCUUUAUGAUGCACUAAAUAUACUCUUAAGUUGUACAUCAAAUUGCCACUUUUCAGCAAUUAGUCUUGAAGAAGCUCAGAUGAUAAGAUGGAUCAUACAUCAAAUAAAAACUAAAAAAUUAACAGAAGUUCAGAAAGUAAAUCUACCUAAUAAUUUGGAAGCGAAAUUUGACUUAGUAUAUCCUGAUAUUACUUGCAAUAUUAAGCUUCAUAAUUUACAUUAUAAUUUUAGUGUAAUAGAUGAGCUUGGAAAUAUUCAAAAACAAAAUAAGUACAAAAUAGAGCAUGAAGAUUCUUUGAAUAGUACUUAUUUAGUGAAUUUAUACGCUCAAGCUAUAUAUAGGUUUAUAAAUUCAGAAUCUGUAUUUACAGAUAACGAAGUAGGUGCUACUGUACGUAUUUUACAAAAUAGUUCUUGCAGAAAACGUGAGGAAUAUUAUCUUGAACUAAGAAGAUGUAGGAGAAGAAAACAAAAUAUGGAUUGGAAAGAAACAAACUUAGCUAUAAUAUUAACAACUCCUAAUGAAUGUGCAGUUCUUCAAUGUAGAGGAUUAGCAAGUAGAUUAAACACUAGGCUUCAAUCACUAAAUAUAACAUUAUUAGAUUUUUUCAAAUCAAUAGAUAAGGAUCAUACUGGUCAAGUUUCAGCAGCUCAACUAUAUGCAUCUUUAGAUUCUCUUCAGAUCGCUCCAAAUCCAAGAGAUUUUGGUAGAAUAGUUCGUUUUGUAUUCCGUAACAAUAUUGGCCAGGUAGAUUUCAUAAAAGCCUUUACUCUAGAUUCAAUUGAAGAAUUUAAUGAUGUUAUACAUGAAGUAAAUGAUAAACUUUCUAGUAAAAUCCCCAAAAAUAGCUCAAUACCUGAAGUUGAUGAAGCUAAAGUUAGAGCUGCAGCUAUUCAACUUACUGCAGAUUCUUCUUCAAUAGCAUAUCUUGAAUUCUCUAAUAAAUUUGAUUUAAAUUUUAUAUCUAAGAUAAAGUGUAGAUUUGUUCAACAUCAUAGCUUUUCGAAAGUAUGGGAACUACCUUCAAUACUCUCUGUCUGGUGCCCAGAACAAUUAGAAGGUAAGUAUCGUGGUGUUAUGAAAAAAAAUCGAGAAAGAGUUUGUCUUGGAUACUAUGUAACACUAGGAAAUGAUAUAUGUGGAAAUAAUUCCUCAAAGAAUAUGCAACCAUAUAUACUUGAAUUAGUUGAUAAUAGCUGCUCAAGCAUGUCUGAAAGCUCUGAGCUGAAAAGGUUUAUUGAUAUCAUCCUACCUUAUCCAAAAAGAUAUAAACCUUUAUUUAGAGGAUCUUUACCUAUUCCAAAUCUAAAUAUGGAUAGUGGAGUUUUUACAAUAUGGCAGCCUAUACCCCCUUCUUCAGGCUUUACUUCAAUGGGAAUUGUUAUUACUAAAGGAGACAUUACACCACUACUCCAAUCUAUUAGAUGUAUUCCCAAUAGUUGGUGUAUAAUAUCAAAUAUACCUACGAAAUUCAUUGGUCAUUUAGAAUUUAAGUAUAUUCAAACUAACUUGGGCAACAAAAAAGAUUUGAAUCUUAAUAAAGGUAGGGAAAUAAUAGGAUUAUCUAUGACUAAUAAAUACUUAGAUAAACUAAAAUAUACUCCUCCAGUUACUUUUUGUUGCAUCUCAUCUAUUCAAAUUCUUGGAGUUAUUAUUGAUAUUAAAAGUUCAAAAUUAUCUGGAGCAAAAGUACCUAAUUUGUCAUCAUCUGCAAACAUAUCUGGAAAUUUUAUCUUGGAGGGCCAUCUCUCAUCCUUAGAUGACCUACUUUAUGAACCUAUAAAUAAGAAUACUAAUUCAGUUAAAUCUAUUAGUAAUAAUACAGAAAAUAUUUACUGGAUUGACAUUGCUUCACAUGAAUUUACUCUAUAUUUCCCUAAAUACUUUAACUCAAAGAGAGAUGUACAUGAAGAAACUAUUGUUAUUCCAAGAAUACAAGGUAAAAGAACUAAUGGAUAUAUUAAAAAUAGCUUUUCAAAUUCAAAUUCACUAGGUAUAUUCGGUCUUUAG